AUGAAAGCGUUUACCAGUCUUGAAAGCAGAAUAGAAGGAAACAGCGCAGAAGAGGAUGGAAAGAAAAGUGACGGGCUUGAGAAGCUUGAGAGAGUGGAACCAGAAAUAUACUAUUCGAGGCCUCUGCCGCAAGAAGGAUUAUAUCCAAUUACCAGGCCGCCUGCGUCAUGUCGUGGAAAGAGUGUGACACAUCGUGAUGAGACUCUUUGGCCUCCUCCGCUGAUCAAGUUGAUAUCCUCAACAAACAUAGGAAGAUUGGCUCAAUUUGGACCCUUGUAUGGAAUAGUUCGUUUUCGACUCAGAUUUCGUAGUUCUUAUGAACAUCAGAGAGAGACUCACUGUAUGUAA